AUGGAACUUUUUGAGUUCGAAAAAGUUCCUAUUGAUCUUGCUUUGAGAAAACUUUUAAUGGAAUGUAAUUUACCAAAAGAAACGCAACAAAUUGAUCGAGUUAUAGAAGCAUUUGCCAAAUGUUAUCACGAAACAAAUCCUGAUUUAUUUCCAUCUGCGGAUACCCCUUAUAUGCUCGCAUUCUCUUUAUUAAUGCUUCACACCGAUUAUUAUAAUAAAAGCGUAAGACAAAAGAUGACAAAAGAUGAAUUUGUUAGAAAUACGCGUAUCGAUGGCGUUAAUCCUGAAAUAUUGGAGAUUCUCUAUGAUAAUGUUACAUAUACUCAAUUCAUAUAUGCUCAAGAUGAUACUGACGUUAAUGGUCAAACAAUGCUUGGAUCACCAACACAGCAUCGUCAAAGGAGGUUGUUCUCUUCAAAGGAACGAAAAAAAUCUAUACGUUUUAAAAACGAUCCUUAUUGGGUUAUACAAACUAAAUCACCUACGGAAUUUAAACCUAAAAUUAAAGAUAUUGUUCCCACGGAAAAUCCAUAUUCUUAUAUGGGAACUCUACCAGCUUUAGACACCACAGAUCUUCACCGUGUAUUUUCUACGUCUAAUUCGAUCCGAAUUACUGGUGUUAAAAAUAGACGUAAGAGCCAUACAUAUAAUGACACUAAAACGGAUGAUGAUGGAACUUUUCUUUUAAAUGUAACUAAAUGUGGUAAACUUGGAAGAAAGGUUGAUUUAAUCGAUGGUAAAAAGAAAAGUACUUUCAUAAGGAACUGGAGAAUAUAUGGCGUCAUAUUGAGUGGUAGUCAAUUGAUGUUCUUUAAAGAUGAAGUAGGAUUCAAUAUGCAAAUGAAAAAAUUGAAUAAACCUGAGAAAUCAAAAUUACCGAUCUUAAAGCCUGAUGUAAUACUCAUGACAGCAGAUUCGGUGGCAGUAUAUGAUAAAAAUUAUGAGAAACAUAAAAAUGUCUUUCGUUUAGUAUGUCCAAAAGGGCAUCAAUAUUUAUUUAAAGCCGAAAAUGAAGAGGAAAUGAAUGAUUGGAUAUCAAAAAUCAAUUAUGCCGCCACAUUUAAAACUGCUGGUUUAAAGAUGAGAAAUAUUCGGAAUCCGAAUAUUGGAAAUUUAAGACGGGGUAGUUUUAAUUUUGGAAUGUUUGGGUACAGUCAUGAUGAUGCUGCUAAAGAAGCACAAGGACGCACCAAUUUGAUUCGUUCAAAAACUAAUGAACUUCGGGGUAAAAUUACUACGUUAACAUCUCAGCUUCAAGCAGACAUUCGAUUUAGAAACAAUCUAUUUCUAAUGAUGCCAUUUAAAGCAUCAACAAGAGAUCGUAUAUUAAAAGUUGCAACUUUAGUAGGAUCUCGACUAAAACAUACAUGUUUAGAACUAAGUAAACUUGUAUGUUAUCAUGAAAUUUUGGAAAAAGAUUUAUGUUCAACGGUAAUGGAAGAUAAAACUUAUUGGCAAAAUCGAAGAAGUUAUUUUACACCUGGAGAUAAUAGUGUGGAUGAUAAUGCUGUGUGUUAUACGACGGCGAAUUUAUCAUCAAAAACUUUGGGAGUUCCUGAAACAUUUGGGCGAUUAUUUGUCAAGGAACCAAUUAGUAAUAAUAAUAAAUUACUUGAACCAACUGAGAGAAACUCUGAGAGUAAUUUAAGACCUGCCACUAUGGCUUCAUUCCUUCGUACUUCUCCAUCAUCACUAUCUUUAAAUUCGAGUUCUGGUGAAUCUAGUAGGACAUCACUUUCAACUUAUGGUGAUAAUGAAGAGGGUAGUGAUUUUCAUGGAAAUAUUUCUGAGUAUGAACUUGAUGAUCGAGAUGAUUACAGUUUUAGAGAUGAUGCUAGUAGUAUAAUUGUACUUGAUGAUGUCAAAGAACAAUCAAAUGGAAGUGAGAAUGAAGAUUAUGAACCUAGUUUAAUAGAUGCUGAAUCCGAUAAUGAUGGGAAACGUUCGGAUGGAAUAGAAAUACGAGUAACAGAAUUUACUGAAGUUACAUCAUCACCAAAUGAUGAAAAAGGAAAGAAAUCUGAGCGUGAAGAAUUGAUUGUUAAAGAUGAUUCGAAUGACCAACUUAAAGUUUCACGAAUUCGGCCACUAUCAGUCUUGAGACCUAGGAGUGGUCAAGGAGAAAAGUCGUUCACGAGUUCAUAUAUGGAAAAAAAUAAUGUAUCGGUACCUGUUCUUGUUAUAUCUAAAGUUGAUGAUGAAUCGGGAUCUGAAGAGAAAAUGAGUGAUGAUUUUAGUGACUAUUUUGUUGAUGCUGAGGAAUGGAGCCGUAAUUUUAUUUGA